AUGGACCAAGAUGAGGUAGCUCGUUCGCUCGAGCUAGAGGAUAAACUGGCCCAUAUUAGAGAUCAGAUACAUUCAAAGUUGGAAAAUCAGAAACAUGUGGCGAUCAUUCUUUCCGCUGUAGAAGAAAACAUGGCGGAUAGCAAAGGUGAUCAGCCUGCCAUGAAAAAUGUUGUCAACUAUUCAAUAUCGCUUUUGGCUAUUUUGUCUCAGGCAGUCGACCCCGAAACGCAUGAGAUUCGCGAAGCACAAAUAGCCACAUCAGCCACUUAUUUGCUGGACAUAAUGUUCAGAUAUGUGCCUAGAAAACUUCUCAGCUCCAAGUUUGCAGAAAUUUUAACCCAAAUCGCACCCUGCAUAACAGACGAGAAUGCUGGUGCGCCGCUGAUAAGACCUGCUGUUGGCUGUUUGGAGUCGCUGCUAGUUGCCCAGGAUUCACAGGCAUGGAACAAUACUCAAAACCUUGCCAUUGCACCAAGUAGAGGUCUCAGCGGUCUUUUGGAACUCUCAUUGGAUCCCAGACCUAAGGUCCGCAAGAGAGCUCAGGAUGCCGUUAGCAACAUUAUGGCCAACCCUCCUGCAUCGCCUUCUGCUGAGCAUGUUGCCGCUCCUAUGGUAGCAGAGUUUACGAUCAACGCUCUUGCUGCCGCAGUAAAGGAAGCUUCAAGUGCGUCAAAUAAAAAAAUUCGUGCCCAAGGUGGUGUCAGUGAGAUAAAUUCCAAAUCCAUUCAUGUCCUGAAGCUCUUAAAAGCUAUUAUUUUGAGCAAACAAUGGCCUGUAUCCAGGUUUGACGUUCUAUGCGACCUUCUCCUUGAGGUCUCCCGUUCCGCCGACCAGUUCCUGGUUUCCAGCGCUUUGCAAUGUUUCGAGGCAUUAUUCGAAGCUAUUGGCGAGUCUGCCGAGAGCUCAGGACUCGCUGAGGAUAAUUUCAUAAGGGUACUGAAAGUGAUUCUAUCUUUGAAGCCUUCGAAUACAGACACUCAUUUGGCAGCAGCCUGGAUGGCUGUUGUGUCAAAGGGAAUGGCCGUUUUUGGCUCCCACAAACCGGUGGAAACUUUAGAAAGCUUACCUGAGGUUUUCAAAAUCAUAUCUCAUUAUCUCUCUAGUGAAAUUUCUGAUGUCUAUCAAGGUGCAUGCCGAUGCAUUGAAAGCGUUCUAACACAGGCUAUUUCAGAGGAGAUUCUUCUUCUGCCUCCACUUGUUGACGAAAGCGUCUAUGAGAAGGUCGAUGAAACCAUAUCGUUUCUUUCUGACAUGUUUGUCGACUUUCUGUCUAUAAAGUACGCACACUGUGCGCGUGAACUUCUUGGCGUUUUAACGGCAGGUCUCAAAAAGCUUGGAUCGAGAUGCAAUCCCGAUUUUUUGGCGCCAAUCGAGAUUGUUGGAGGUUGGAGGUCCAGCGAAGAUAGCUUCUUAGAACUGCGGUCCGAGAUUGAAACCGCCAUAGGCGUUGCCAUUGGUAGUGUGGGCCCUGAUGUGGUCUUGGGCUCUCUUCCGUUGAACCUGGUCAAAGCGACCGAUGAUAAUCCUGGACGGGCUUGGCUUCUUCCAUUAAUUAGAGAUCACACAAGAAACAGCCAUCUUUCUUUUUUCGUUAAAGAGCUCAUGCCUCUAAUUACAGUUUUCGAAAACAGAGCCAAGGAUCUGCCUGCAGAAUCUCUCCAAGGAAAAGUCUUCGAGACUGUCAUCACUCAGCUGUGGUCGACAUUGCCCAGUUUCUGUGAUCUUCCAGUUGAUGUUAGAGCUUCAUUCACGGAUGAGUUCGCCUCAGAGAUCUCUUCGCUCCUGUAUGGUAAAGUGGAGCUGAGGCCUGUAAUAUGUCAUUCUUUCAAAAAUUUGGUGCAAAGCAAUUAUGACUACGCAUCUGGCCUGCAAGAACCAACUAGACUGGUCCAACAGCAAUACCCCAUCAGUGAAGCUGAAAAAACCGUAGAGUACCUAGGGACGAAAGCUUCAAACCUAUUGGCCGUGUUAUUCAAUGUUUACACUCAAACAGCUGCAAAUGCAAGGGGCUAUAUUUUAGACACUAUAGCUGCCGUGAUCAAAAUCACCCCCACAGAGGAACUUGUGAAGACUUUCAACAACGUUUGUGCAAUGUUAAAAAAGGCCUUCGAUGAAGAGCCCUCCAAGGCCAAGACAGGUCAGCCACCUGUGAAGAUGAGUGCAACACUUCUGGACCUAAUUAUCGUUAUGGCCAGUUUCGUGCCAGAGUCGUCUUACCCUGCUCUUUUCUCGAUUUUCAACAUCACCGUUAGUUCUAGUGAUGCUUUGACUCAGAAGCGUGCUUACAGAAUCAUCAACAAGCUCUCGGAAACCCCCAAAGGGUCCGAUGCGAUUCUACAGUACCUUGAUGAUAUCGAGAACGUCGUCAUUCAAAAUAGCAAAAAUGUCCACACUUCCGCCAGGGCAAUGCGUCUCAGCGCUAUCAAGAACUUAGUCGAGCUUUUGCCCUUGAAUGCUGCAGAAUUUCUGAUUCAGGUUGUGCCUGAAGUCAUUUUGGCCGUCAAAGAAAAUAAUGAGAAAUCAAGAGAAGCGAGUUUUGAUACGCUUAUAGCAAUGGCCAACAAAAUGAGUAAAGAAGGUUGUGUGAUGCGACUUUCGAAAUUGCCUGGUUACGACCCAGCCACUCCUGACCAACCAGCGAGUGUAGCGGAGUUUUUCAAGAUUACUUCUGCAGGGUUGAUUGGAGAAUCACAACAUAUGGUUAGCGCUACAGUGACAGCUUAUUCGUGCCUUGUGUUUGAAUUCAAGGAUCAAGUUUCGACCGAUAUUUUAAUGGAUAUCUACGACACAAUUGAACUAUACCUAACAUCCAACUCUCGUGAAAUCGUGAAGAGUGCCAUCGGCUUUGCAAAAGUGUGUUGUUUGGCGCUACCUGGAGAACUGAUGAGGUCUAAGAUACCUUCUCUUCUUCCAAAGCUUUUACGCUGGUCCCAUGAGCAUACUGGCCAUUUCAAGGCCAAAGUGAAGCAUAUCAUUGAGAGGCUCAUCAGAAAGUAUGGAUACGAUUAUAUGGACCAACACUUCCCCGACGAGGAUAAGAAGCUACUUGUUAACAUCAGAAAAAGUAGGGACAGAUCAAAAAGGAAAGCAGCGGAAGAUCACAGCAAUGUUCCUCAAUUGGCAGAGCCCAGCAGCAAAGGUUCACGUUUCAUGUCCGCCUUGGAUGAGGCUAUUUACGAAUCUUCCAAUGAUGAAGCUAGUGAUGGCGAACAGUCCUCAGGAAAGAAGGGUCAAUCCAAUCGCUUCAUUGUGGAGUCCAAAGAGAAUCCUCUCGACUUGUUGGAUUCACAAACCCUAGCUCACAUUUCAUCAACGAGGCCGAAGAAAUUUAACGGGAAAGCCAAGAGUAAGGGGGCUGGUGAUGACAUGUUUAGCUUCGAUGCAGACGGAAAGCUCACUGUUCAAAAUAAUGAGAGUGGAAGAGGUGAUGAGGAUAUUUUGGGCGGCGCUACCAGUGGCAUUAAUGCCUACUUAGAAGCUGUCCAACAAGGUCCUGUACGUGGCCAAAAGAACAAGCUUAAAUUCAAGAAGGGAAGUGCAGCAGGCGGUGGCGAUUUGAGUGACGAUGAGAGUCGCGACCGGCCAAGCCGCGGUUUUGACCCCAAAAACAAAAAGGUAGCUAAGAAGAGAGGUGGUCCAAAGUUCAAGUCCAAGAGAAAGCUCUAA